AAAAAUACACAGCAGCCCGGUUUUGCUUAGGGUGGUUUUGCUUAACCAAAAACAAACAAAGGUUCACUCCACUCCGUGGGGCUGGUGGGCCUUUUGGUGUUUCUGUUCUUGUGUUGUUGCAAGACGUGGCCGUCGAGACCCGUCGCAGACGUGGGACGUGACCACCGGUUUCGAGCGAUUUUGAUGUGUACGAAUGAUGAGGAAUGUAUAUAAUACUAUAUUCCAUACAUGAGAUUCUCUGGGUAUACUUGAUUUUGGACCGGGUAUUUCAUGUUGGAUGGUUUUGGUUGCCGGCACCGCCAGGUCACCACUAUAUAUAUAAAGAAGUGUUUUGCCUCCAUGUCGGAGGGCCUUUGGAGUCGCUCCUACGUCGCUCUUGAAGCUACACCCAGCGAGUUUGGGCUUCGUAUUUUGACCACAUGGUGGUGCUAGUCGUGUCCAACCUGUCCAGCAGUUGUUUUGCAUGAAAGCCUUGUGACAAUCCAAGGAAUCUCUAUGGCAUUAAGACCCCGGUACAUAGGCCAGUCCUAUAUAUACACCCGUCUGGUUUGCAUGGCAGGGCAUCGCCUUCGCACAGCUCAGUCAGCGACCCCCGCCCGUCCCGGUUGCCGUUAGACCGUCAGAGCACGGCCACUCCGCGGCCACCGGCGUCCGCGCUGCGCGCCUGCACCUCCCGGCGGCGGUGAUGGCGCUGGGCGCCGCGACCGGCCGGAGUCGUCGCGCGUCUUCCAGCCACGGCGGGCGCAGACCACGGCGUGGCUGGCGCGCGCGGCGCGCAGCGACGUCCCCGACUUCGGGGGAAGGGCGGCGCACAGCGCGGCGCCCGCGGCUGAUGCUGUUGGGAGGAUGCGGGCGUAUUGGCACGGCUGCUGCAGUGCACUUGAUGAAGAAGGCCCAAGGACCUCUGGAGGUGAUUCUUGCCGGGCGCGACCGGGAGCGUGGCCGAGCAGCUGUGGAGGAAGUGAAGGCCGAAGUCGAUUUGAAGGGGCUUGAGCAUGAGAUCUCCUUCCGUCAAGUGGAUUGGCAAGAGCCAGGUUCACACUUUGAUGGCAUCGAUGGCCUGCUUCACACUGCGGGGCCUUUCGAUGGAGAACCCACCGUGCUGCGAGCAGCACUUCAAGAGCGCAUUCCAGUCUAUGUGGACGUGGCAGACCCCAUGAGCUACUUGGAUGCGGCUGAAGCGAUGGAGCAAAAGGCCAAAGAGACUGAGACGAUGGCCUUGUGCAGCGCUGGAGCAUUUCCAGGCUUCUCCAACGUGCUGGCCAUGGAAUGCGCACAGCGCUUGAGAGAUGCUGGCAGUGCGCCGAACACGCGGAGGAACUGCGGAGCCUGCAGAUCUGUAACUUUCUGUUCUACCGAAGGAACGCCCCAGAAGGUACAGAGCUGGAAGACCUCAACUUCUCGUAUUUCACGGCAGGGCUGGGAGGCAGUGGCCCCGUGAACCUGUUGAUCACGAACUUGGGCUUCGGCGACCCAGUGCCUGUGUGGCGCCAGGGCCGUUACGCGCCACGGAUGGCAGCAGGUUCUGAGAUGAGGGAAGUGGACUUCUUCUUGGAUGAGAGCGAUCCGGCCUUCGAUGCCGUAGGAACGCGAGAGGUGUGGUCCUGGCCCUUUCCGGAGGUGCCGACGGAGGACGCAGCAGGACGAAGGAGUCCCAGACGACCGCCAUGUGGAUCUUCCAAGUAGGCC